ACAACCACAACAACGAACACAACAACAAAUACAACAAAUACAACAAUCUCAUCAAUAGGUAAAGAUAAUUUAAAACUAUGGGUCGGUAAUUUACCAAUUGGUUCAACAGAGAAAGAAAUUAGAGAGUUCUUUUCAGGUUUUGAAAUUGAUUUAAUUAAAAUGACAGAGAUGACCGAAUCACAAUUAGCAUGUGCAGUAGUUCAAUUUUUCGAUCAUGAAAGUGCUUCAUUAGCUCGUGAAAAUAAUCUAUCAUCAACAUUCAAAGGAAACAAACUAAUUAUUAACUGGUCCAACUCACCACCAACUUUAUCUCCAUUAUUAUCAUCCUCAAAACUAACUCCAAAUGAUCCAUCAAACCAGGACAAAGAACAACAGCAUCAUUACCACCCAUAUCCAUCUUACCAACAUCACCAUCAUCACCGUACAGUUUAUUAUAACCAACAACAGCACACCUCGCAAAUAACGACAACAAAUGUAAAUAUAUCACCACCAAAACCACCAUUGCAACACUCUGCCACUACUCCAGUAUCUUCUUCCUCAUCGUCAUCAUCGUUACAUAAUAUAGACUCAACAAAAGAAAAGGUCACAGAUUGUGAUCCUCGUGUAAAUAGAAAGUUGUUUUUAGGGUUAACAUAUGAAGGCGAAAGUAUUGAAGAUUUAAGAAAUAGAUUUGGAAAAUAUGGUAAAGUUGAAGAAGUUGUUAUUUCAGCCUCAGGUUUAGCAUUUUUACGUUUCUAUAAUACCGAAUCUGCAAUUUUAGCAAAAAGGGACUUGGGAUUUAGAUAUAAAAUUCAAUUUGAUAAAAAAGAACCAAGGGACACACAGUACUAUGAUCCCAAUGGCCCACCCUCAUUUUAUGGUGACAGACCACCACCUUUAUUAGAUGCAAUUGAGUAUGGUAGAAAUGAAACCAAUAGACAACCAUCUAUCCCACCACCACAGACACCAUCAGAUUUCUAUAGAGACUCAUAUAGAGACUUGGCACACAACAAAAACAGUUACUAUAAUGAAAGACCACCCCCACCACCUGUCUCAGCACCUCUCCAACCACCUGUCACUCCUCCUUUGGUUGCACCAUUAUUUUCAGAACCAUUAUCCACCGAAGAAUAUAAUCAAUUUUAUUCAUUUUUAGAAAAUUUAAAAGCAACAAAUCUAUCAAUAAGAGAAUCUAAAGAUUGGUUUAUUUUACAUUUAAAAAGUGGUAAACCUAUUGUUCAAUUGAUUAAUAGAUAUAUAACUAAUACAAGUAACAAUCCUGUAUAUAAUAAACUUGAAGUUAUUUAUUUAAUUAAUGAUAUAUUGUAUUUUGGUUUAGUAAGAAGGUUAAAUCCAGACUCAAAAGAUCCAAUCUCAGAUUUGUUCGAACCCUAUUUACCCUCAAUUUUAUCAUCAUUCAACAAAGAAUCUCAAUUACUUCAAAACAAUUGUUUAAAGGUUUUAGAAUUUUGGGAAGAAAAACAUUACUAUCCAUUAAAAGCAAUUCAAGCAUUUAGAAAC